AUGGUUCGUGGAUUCGCUAUUCUCGGUCUCGCGACCCUUGUCGCCGCCCAGACAACAACCGUCGACAUUAUGCUCAUGGGCAGCGACACCGAGGCCGUGCACGCGUCCGUCGUCGCCGUCGAGGACGCGCUGACGACAUUCGCCAUGGACUGCGACGACCAGAACAGCUGCGGCCUGGUCCCCAAGACCAUCAUCCAGGGCGACGGCACCUUUAGCGCCCAGCUCACCCUGUUGCCUGAAGACGGCUACGCCGGUACCAUAAUCCAGGACUUUAGCUGCGACGAAGACCGAAAGGCAGACGUCCUCUCCUGCACCGUGAUGCAGAACGGCGUGGCUGAUGGCACGACCCUCUCCCAAAGCACGACGGCCACGCUGGAGGGACUCAGCGAGCUGUACCAGCCCGUGCCCGUCACGGGAGGCGUGGAGAAGCUGGGCACCGUCGAGGCGACGACUACCGCCACGAGCACCGCGACCAAGGAGACGACCAUCACCGAGACGCCGUCCCAGACAAGCGGCGAUGCGGAGGAGACACCCACGGAGACGGGUGAUAGUGGAGAUGACGACAACGCCGGUCUCCAGCUUGGACAGAGCACGCUCCUUGCUGGGCUGGCGGUCGUGGUCGGUGCGGCCGCCCUGCUGUAA